AUGGCGGAAGCGGAAGCCGCUGCCACACACCCAGACCAUGGGCGAACUAAUCCAGCCGCUGUUACCACUCCAGAAGGCGGAAAACUUGUCGACCCAGUCGACAGAUACACAGCUUUAGCUGUUCGAGGAGCCAUUGUUGGAGUUGGUCUAGCAGGAGUCAUUAUUUACUUGAGAAACUCGAGAUUGUUCCACAAGUUCCAACAUGUCAACCAAAUCCCGAAAGAUUUCAUUCGUAAGGAAUUGGAACUGAAAGGACGAGUACGUGAAGUACUUCCAAGCGGAGAACUUCGUGUCGAACAUGAACCAGUUAUGAAGAUUCCGUUCCUUCCAAAGCGAAAGAACGUCAACUCGGGUCUUCUGAAUCUCCGGCUGGCCGGUGUAGAGCUAUCGCAAUCGGGACAACAAUUUUUAGCGAAGGAUUUGAGGUUGACUAACAAGCCUGUCACUUUUACCGUAAUCAAGGAUGUGGAAGGAGCUCCAGAUGUUGUAGAUGCCGAUGUUACUGUCAAAAGAACUGCAUUUGGGCGUACUAAUCUCAAUGUAGAAGUUGUUCGACGUGGUUACGCUAGAGUGCCAGGUCCAGAACAAGUAAAGCAUUUGAAAUAUUUGCAAUCUGUACCUGCUUAUUCGAGACUUAUUAGUAGACUUCUUAUGAGUGAGAAGGUUGCUGAUCGGCGAGGUGUUGGAGUAUGGGAACGUGAUACUUGGGUUGAAUCUGUUCAAUCUUAUCCUUCACAAGUCUCAGGAAUAAUCCGUUCAGCAGCUAUCACAAAAGCUGUGGUUCUCCUCUACAAUGUGACAAAAGAUGUGCUCCUCUAUGGAGUCAAGCUAACUCAACAAACUUACUACGUGGUUUUGGCGAUCGCUGCUCAUUUGCAAAACGGUUACAGACGGUUCGCAACAGGAGUUGAUCGUUUAACUGAUAAGUACAACAAAGUCCGUCAAAGGAUUGGAAAGUGA